AUUUUUUUUUUUUUUUUAACAGACAAGAUACUACGGAGCGGGAACCUCCGUUACAGAACACCGACACUUUGAUUUCGAUCGCUUCCCAAAAGUUUCUCCAACCCUUUCCUCUACGGACAUGUAUAAACGGGACCAGUGAUUUUGAGCGCUUUUAUUCACCAAACCGAUCAUAUGUACAUAGAAGAAUACAUUGAAGAUGACGAGGAACCACCUUUGCUGCUCUACUCUUGUCCUUCUCACGGUGUUUGGCUGUGGUGGGGCGGCAGCGGUGCAGUGCCGGUGGGGGGAGGGCUGUGUUUGUCUCCAGUGUCCUGCUGGACAGCAGCCUUCGAAAGCUUGUGCAGAGAUCCAGACUCCAGAAGAAGAGGUGAGCUGCCAGUCAUGUCCAGAGGGGAGCUUCUCAGACGCCCUGGAUUCUGAACUUUGCCAUCCACAUCUUUCCUGUGAGCUGAUUGGUCGAGACGUGGCGACCCCAGGCACUGUGACCUCUGAUACUGUGUGUGGAGACUGUCUGCCAGGGUUAUUCUCAACAGAAGGAUCCAUCCGAAGUCCAUGUGUUGAAAAGCCUAUGCAUUUGCGGCCUGUGCGCACAGUUGCUGAGGGCACCUCGGCUGGCAUAGGGGGACCUGUAAAUGGCACAAUGGUACGCAGUGCUGAAGAGAAGACGCAGUAUGCUGUUUUUGCAUUGGUGCCUAUUUUCUGUGUUAUGGGCCUCCUGGGCAUCCUUAUCUGCAAUAUCCUCAAGAAGAAGGGCUACAACUGCAUGGCUGAAAAGGAGGGAGGGGACCCUGAAAUGGCCUCACCACAGAAAGACGGAAACAACUGUCCCUAUAUCUCUGAUGACAUUCUGAAUGAAGAUACCAUUAGUGUCUUGGUGCGUCUCAUCACAGAAAAGAAGGAAAAUGCUGCUGCUCUGGAGGAACUGCUGCUUGAAUAUGAAAGUAAACAGACGAGCAAAGCGUCCUCCAUCAAAUUGCCCACAUUGUCCCCCCUGUCCACAUUCCGCUCCUUACCCAGACUGUGCCCUCAUCAGUCCCACCUCCACACUAUCUCAGGCAUGUCUGGACUGGCACCCAGACAUGGCUACCGGUGUACCCGCUGUGCCCAGAGGAAAUGGCCCCCAGUCCUUAUCCCUCCUCUGGAUGCCCUCAAAGACCCCCUUAAGGCCCCCCAGUCCCUCACCCUUCCAUCCCUCAAUGCAUCUAUGGACCAGCAGAAGAGCCCCCUGCUGGCCGGAGUAUGUGUUGACACCCACCACACUCUUGCUGGUGUGCCAAAUACUGUUCAGGACAAAACAGAUGGGGCUCAAGUGAAGGAAAAAAAGGAAGGAGAGCUGACAGUGGUGUCUGUGGGGAGAUUUCAAGUUGCACAAAUCCCCGAGCACAAGCCUGUCAUUAAGGAACCCAAAACCUCAACUCAGGAGCAGCGCAACUCCUUUUUUGGCAUGACUCCAUUUUCCUCUUCAUCAGUCAUAAGAAGGUGAAGAUGUCCAAAGGUGGCGCUGUAUGAUAAAAAAUGCGACCUCAGCUAUGGCAAGCGACUAGACAGCUUGGAGGAAUAGCAGGAAUAUGCAUAAAUCACUCCUGGUAGACGCUGCACCUAGUACGCUUCCACAUGAAUCUCUUUGAACACCUUGCUGUACCAUGUAAGCACUGCAGAGAUAUUACAAACUUUUGGUUCAGGUUUAUGAUAAAUGAGCAAAACACUAGCCACUGUUAAGGGGUAUACAACAGUGUUAUAGUAUUUCUAUCAUUUACUUCUAUAUCUUUACCUAUGCAAAUGGGCUGUAAUUCUGCUUUUAUUGAUAAUUUUCUACUGCUGAUCUUAGAACUAGAGAUGGCCAAAUGAUAGUGAAUGGUUCUCCAUCUGGCUUUUUUAUUUUAAGUUGCUUAUGGAUCUAGAGUCAAAGGUUAGGAAGAUUUUGUAUCAUUCACAUGUAAAUAAAUGUACAUAAUGUAUAUAACUGUAUACAGGGUGGUCUGUUGGGCAUUUUAACAGUAGUUUAAGGUUUAAGGUUUGAAUUUGACAGUGCUAGCAGGUUAUGUGCUGCCUGUCAGACGUGUGUAAUUUGAUGGUGUCAUUGAAAAAGCCAAGCAGUGGUGAAGGGGGAUUAAUGGUUAAGAGUCCUCAAAGUCAAGCAUCUCUCUUGGCUUUAAUUUCCAUCCUCAUGGGUCUUCCUAGCACCCUCAAGGAGACCCCUCAGUCAUUUCAUUUUUUUUCUUAUUAUGAGCUUAUGAAGGGUAUAAUGUUUAGCAUACAUUAUUUAUUUUAAAUUGUGUUUAUUUAAUCUGUUUUUGUUAUAUUUAAUAUUUUAAAGAUCAAUGUUCUCAUGUUUUGACGUUUUGAUAGAAUGAGGAAAGUAAGAAGUUUGCAUCUCUUUGAGAUUUUUAGAUUGAAUUUGUAAGAUUUUUUUCUUUAUGAUGUUUUUACUGGAGAAAUAAAGAUAUCUUUUAAAAAUG